AUGUUGUCCAAAGUUGCUCUUCUGAUUGCGGUUCUGCUGAUUUCUCAGCAAUGCUCUUCCUGGUCCGUCGAUUUGAACGACCCCACGGUUCAGGUGAGUGAAAUGAUUUCUCCCCUGCAGUAAUUGCAAAAACUUUCAGAGAUUUGCCCGUAAGGCCGUCGAAAUUGCCAACAAGGAACAUGACAUGAAACUGACCUUCCAUCAAGUCCUUUCAGCGGACGAGAUAGCUAUCAAUGGAUAUACUUACGAUAUAGUUUUGGAUGCGUUUGACAUAGAUACUCCUUUCCAGCUCCCUCGCUUCAUCAAAAUCAAUGAUACCGUUCUCGUCUUCAAAGGCAAGGAGACCCAUAAGGUCGUCCUUAAUUUUGUUCCUUCUUAA